AUGGAAUACUGCCAUGGAUUUGGCGUGAACAAGUUUGACCACCCUGAGUGGGGUGAUAUGGCAUCCGUGCAGUCAGGUCCAGAGCUACUGAGCUACCCACCCAAGGUUCUUGGUUUCAUAGUAGCUCCUUACCAGACUAGCAAAUGUAUGACUGUUCUGGAGCUUGCUGUGUAUGGUGGACGCAUUUUAGGCCGUAGGCAAACCAGUCUGAAAGUGAACCCCGUCUUCACUGACCACCAGGCCACUUUCAAUGCUGAAGACGACCAAAACAUAUCCUUGCAUGUCACCAUGUACGAGACAUUCCCAAGAACAAAAGACCGGCAGUUGAGCAAUCCAGUCACACAGGGUGAGAAAAUGGUCCAUAAUGGCCAACUUACAAAUGGUCAUCUAAGAGUUGCAAAUGGUGUCCAUGGGGUUUAUUCAGGAAAAGAGGUAUACAUUGAUGAAGAAAAUCAGUUAAUGGACGUUAACAGGAAUACUUUAACUCAAAGUAAAACAUUUGAUAGUUUCUUGAGGAUCAGUCAAGAGGUACAUGAAGACAUCCCAGUGUAUGCAAAAGUGACUAAGAAAAGAAACCUUCCAGAACUGCUAGGGCCACUUAACAAUGAGAAAAUUCAGGUAGAUGUGACUGCUGAAAUUGAUGACAAAGAAGGUGAAUCUAAAAAUGAAAAUAUUAAUGAUCAAAAUAAAAGUAAGUUUGAUGAAAAGCAAAAAUACCAAAAAUCAGGCAGUUCAGACAGUUUAGUGAGAAAGAAUGAAGAUUCGCAUGAAGAUGGUUUGAAGGACGUACAUUGCUACGAAAAUAAAGGUUUGGUGAAUGAUGAAGGCAAAAACAAUAGCCAUGGAUCAAAUUUAGCAGCAGAAUCAAGUGUUUUAACAAGAACUGAUUCAUUUACUUUACUUUCACAAUCAAAAAAUAUAUUACCUAAUUCUCAAUUUUCCUCCAGUCCUUUGAUUCCUCAUGAUUAUCAGAUAAACUCAGAAGAUGAAAGUGAAGGCAAAGAGGUUGUGUCAACAGAAAUACUGACAGAAGUAAUAGUUCACAAGGUUGAUGAACCUAGUAUAAAUUGCAGUGAUUUAAAAAGAUGUUCUCAUAAACUGUGUCGCCAAGAGAACUUGUGUGAUAGUUUAGAUGAGAUGGAAGAUGAUUGGCCUGAUCUUGAUACUUUGGUUAGAUCAGAUAAUGAUGCUAUAGUCGAAGUUGACAAUCAAACUCAUGAUGUGCCUUAUCCCAGAGUGCGUUCAGUAUCUGAUGUUGUUGACCCAGACUAUGCUACCAUUGAAUCAGUGAAUGAAAUUGGGGAGAAUGAGGAUCUUAAAGCAAAAGAAGGUACAUACAAAAAGAAUACCAAAAGCUCCAAAGUGUCCUCAAAAGGCUCAACUAUAAAUGAAGGAUCUACGCGAACUCUGAAAUCCAUUCUUACAAGCAGCUCAAACAUUUCACAUUUGUCUGAGUCACAAAAUGGGGAACAUAAACGUUCGGUGUCAGAGUCAGAAAUCCAUGAGGUGAAAUCUGUGAAAUUUUCACAAGACACUGUGUUCAACGAAAAUAAAUCAAACAAGUACAAACAGGAGAAGAUAAAUCUUAGAGACAUUUACUGUGGUAAGAUCUCAAGCGAUGCUGCAAUGGCCAAAUUAAACCCUUUAUUUAUGGACGAUGAGGGAAAAACAGGAAGCCUUACAGAUGAUGAAAAGUUGGCAUAUCAGUUGACACUGAAAAACGCCAUGAAACUGUCAAAAGGAAAGGCUGGCAGUUUGAACCAGCCCUCCUACCUUGAGCAAUACCUGAUACUCAAGGCACAUGGACUAAAGGCUGGUGACGGUAUUGAGAGGCUACCAGAGUGGAUGGACAAGCCCGACUAUCACCGCUUGAUACAGCGCACCCUCGCCAAGGAGCGACGCAAGUGUGUGUGCAAGUGGACCCUCGUCAUUCUAACUGUAUUCGCCAUCACUGCAGUAGCCACAGUUCUCGGCAUACACUUCACUGAGGGACUCUGACAUGAAGCAUCUGGCAGCAUGCCAGGAUUUUUUUCCAAGAAGGAUAUUGACAUUCCCCGAAGUUGAAAUCCGGGGCAUGUUGCCCCAAAGCUGUUGAGUGACAACUUAAGCAAAUUUCUUAGAAUCGUUGAAUUCCUCCUGUUUGUGGAAAAGGCAAUUAAUGUAAUUUUGUAUUUAAACAAUUGAUGCGUAUUAAGAAAUUAACAGAAUUAAGUUUCUUAUAUCAUUUAAGUUAAUGGUAAUGCAAUGGAAUAUUCCCUUUGAACAUUACUUAAGAAUUUUGUAUCAUUGUUUUCAAAUAAACCUCAAAGAAAACAGUAUGGCUGUAUGAGAACUCAGCCAUUUCAGAUUAAUACCAGUGUUAUAUUUUUUAUGCCCCGAACUGUCUGUCUGUCUGUCUGUCCGUCACACUUUGCGUUUAGUUUUCGAAAAAUGCUCAUAACUUCUAUGUCGCUUCAGAUAUUUAUGCCCCCCUUUGAAGAAGAGCGGGUAUAUUGCUUUGCACAUGUCGGUCGGUCUGUCGCUCCGUCAACCAGGUGGUUUCCGGAUGAUAACUCAAGAACGCUUAGGCCUAGGAUCAUGAAACUUCAUAGGUACAUUGAUCAUGACUUGCAGAUUACCCCUAUUGAUUUUGAGGUCACUAGGUCAAAGGUCAAGGUCACUGUGACCCGAAAUAGUAAAAUGGUUUCCGGAUGAUAAUUCAAGAACGCUUAUGCCUAGGAUCAUGACACUUGAAAGGAAGAUUGAUCAUGACUAGCAGAUGACCCCUAUUGAUUUUCAGGUCACUUGGUCAAAGGUCACGGUGACCCGAAAUAGUAAAAUGGUUUCUGGAUGAUAACUCAAAAACGCUUAUGCCUAGGAUCAUGAAACUUGAUAGGUACAUUGAUCAUGACUCGCAGAUGACCCCUAUUGAUUUUGAGGUCACUAGAUCAAAGGUCAAGGUCACGGUGACCCGAAAUAGUAAAAUGGUUUCCAGAUGAUAACUCAAGAACGCUUAUGCCUAGGAUCAUGAAACUUCAUAGGUACAUUGAUCAUGACUGGCAGAUGACCCCUAUUGAUUUUCAGGUCACUAGGUCAAAGGUCAAGGUCACAGUGACCCAAAAUAGUAAAAUGGUUUCCCGAUGAUAACUCAAGAAAGCUUAUGGCUAGGAUCAUGAAACUUCAUAGGUAAAUUGAUCAUGACUCGCAGAUGACCCCUAUUUAUUUUCAGGUCACUAGGUCAAAGGUCAAGGUCACAGUGACAAAAAACAUAUUUACAAAAUAGCUGUCACUACAACUGAGAGCCCAUAUGGAGGGCAUGCAUGUUUUACAAACAGCCCUUGUUCAUAUUUGGCAUGCAUAUGUAUAAGGACAAGGCCUUUCCAUACGCACACAAAUUUUGACCCCUGUGACAGUGACCUUGAACUUAGAUUCCGCAUUUAGGUUUCGCAAUCUGCGUUUAGGUUUCGAAGAAAGCUCAUAACUUAUAUCAAGCAUUUAUAGGGGGCAUUAGUCAUCCUAUGGUGACAGCUCUUGUUUUGAAAAUGUCAAAGAGUUUUGUGGUAUUGUUUUGUGUUAAAGGGGUAGGAUUAAAGUCUUACCUCAAUAGAACUGCCAGUCAAUAUAAUGUAGACAACAAAAUUUAAUGUACAUGAUUAAGUCAUACAGUUUUCAUCAUAUCUUCACAAAACAUUCUGAAAUGUUUCUUGACAUAAAAUGGAGGCCAAUGUUGAUCACCAGCCAAUUUCGACAUAGAACUUCAGAGUUAUUUCCCUUUAUUUAUAAAAAUAGAUGUGCAACUCCCCUUUUCUCUCUUAGUCUUACAGUUAUAUAGAAAUCUUCAGCAAUAUUUGUUGACAUAAAAUUAAGGCCCAGUUUGAUAACCAUCCUAUUUUCACCAUGCAAUUCAGUGUAAUUGCAUUUUGUUCAUACAAAAAUUUCGAAAUUUACCAUUUCUGCUUUCAUGAGUUGGACUUAAUGUAACAUUUGUUGUUAUUACCAAACAGUUGUUUAAACUAGAUCUGAAGCUUUUGGAGUCUUGAGUGGUAAACAUGUAUUUUUGUAAUAUUUCUGUUUUGUUAUACAUUAGCAUCCAAUCCAACCAUCUAUUUCAGUAGAACUUGAUUAUUUUGUUGAUUAAGUUUUAUAUUGUAUUGGCUAUAUAUAUAUAUAUUAUGGACAUCAUUUUUAGAUUGAUUAAAUCAAUUGCGUGUUCAACUAUUUUCAUGGACUGUAGGUAAUUUUAGGGUUGUUAAUUUGUAUGCCCCCUUUCGAAGAAAAGGUGGCAUAUAGUGAUUGGACUGUCCGUCUGUCUGUCUGUCUGUCUGCCUGUCUGUCCGUCUUUCCGUCACACUUUGCGUUAAGGUUUCAAAAAUGCUCAUAACUUCCAUGUCCCUUGAGAUAUAACCUUCUUAUGAGGUAUGCAUGUGUAUAUGGACAAGGCCUUUUCAUACACAUACAAAUUUUUACCCCUGUGACCUUGACCUUGAACUUAGGGUCCGCGUUUAGGUUUCAAAAUCUGCGUUUCGGUUUUAAAUAAUUCUCAUAACUUCUAUGUCCCUUAAGAUAUAACCUUCAUAUUUGGUAUGCAUGUUUAUAUGGACAAGGCCUUUCCAUACGCACACAAAUUUUAACCCCUGUGACCUUGAACUUGAACUUAGGGUCCGCGCUUAGGUUUCGAAAUCUGCGUUUAGGUUUCGAAAAAUGCUCAUAACUUCUAUGUCCCUUGAGAUAUAACCUUCAUAUUUUGUAUGCAUGUGUAUAUGGACAAGGCCUUUCCAUACGCACAAAAAAAUUUACCCCUGUGACCUUGAUCUUGAACUUAGGGUCAGCGUUUAGGUUUCAAAAUCUACCUUUAGGUUUAAAAAAAUGCUCAUAACUUCCAUGUCCCUUGAGAUAUAACCUUCAUAUUUGGUAUGCAUGUGUAUAUGGACAAGGCCUUUCCAUACGCACACAAAUUUUGACCCUUGUGACCUUGAACUUAGGGUCCGCGUUUAGGUUUCAAAAUCUGCGUUUAGGUUUCGAAAAAUGCUCAUAACUUUUAUGUCCCUUGAGAUAUAACCUUCAUAUUUGGUAUGCAUGUGUAUAUGGACAAGGCCUUUCCAUACGCACAAACAUUUUGACCCCAGUGACCUUGAAGAUAGGGUCCGCAUUUAGGUUUCGAAAUCUGCGUUUAGGUUUUGAAAAUGCUCAUAACUACUAUGUCCCUUGAGAUAUAACCUUCCUAUUUGGUAUGCAUGUGUAUAUGAACAAGGCCUUUCCAUUCGCACACAAAUUUUGACCCCAGUGAUCUUGACCUUGAACUUAGGGUCUGCAUUUAGGUUUUGAAAUCUGCGUUUAGGUAUCGAAAAAAGCUCAUAACUUCUAUCAAGCGUUUAUAGGGGGCAUAAGUCAUCCUAUGGUGACAGCUCUUGUUUGAAUAUUGUUUCUUGCUUUCUCCAUAUGUUUAGGUAAACAAUUACUUUCCUUCCAUAAAGAUUACAUAAAACUACUUCUGGCAACAUCAUUGUAUUUGUUUUUUAAUCUUUCUCAUAUGAACUCAAACAUCUGGCAUAUUGACUGAUUGUAACUGAAAAUCGAUAUUUAUUAGUUAAAAUAAUUUAUAUGUAUUUUGUUGUAUUUUUAUUGUCAGUUGGAAGUAAGUAUUAUGAUAAAGAAAAUGACAAAUUCAGACUUUUAAUGGACAAAAUAUUAUGGUGACACUUUUUAUAUCACAUUUAAAAGGUUAACAAUCUGUGGUAAUAGUAUGUUAAGAAUGUUUUAUUGUCAUUUGGAAGUAAGUAUUAUGAUAAAGCAAAUGACAAAUUCAGACUUUUAAUGGACAAAAUAUUAUGGUGACACUUUUUAUAUCACAUUUAAAAGGUUAACAAUCUGUGGUAAUAGUAUGUUAAGAAUGUUGAUAUUCACUCUUAGUUGGAUAUCACUUACAUGUACAUAUCAAACAGUUUUAUAAACUAUUUUUAAAUGUAUAGACAAGACACAUACUAUUUAACCCUUUCCCACUCAGAAGCAAAUGAACAAGAGCUGUCAGAGGACAGCGCGCUCGACUAUUUGAGUGCUUGACAGUAUAACGUAAGCCAUCAUGGGAGGGGGGGGGGGGGUAUAAUGUGGGUGUGUGGUCAUUUAAUAGAUGAUCUUUCAAA